GUCAAUUCAAUUGCUCGCCUGGUCCGAUUGUCUUCUCUGUCGUCAUCUUCUUUCGAUUUCAAGUUUUCAAACCUCUUCCCGCUUACGACGCCGGAAAAAUUCAAACGUCUAUCAACAGUCGAAUCAACAUUCUCCGACAGAUCUUCUAUUUCCGGCGAGGAAAUCCUCCGACCUAUUUUCGACUUCCGAUUUCCAAAUCCCGACGAGCUUUCCUUUAUUGCUUACUGUAAGUAGUAUAACCCUAGUGAUUCGAUUUCCCCUUUCUUCAGAUCUCGGACGCUGCUAGACUCUUAACAGUUAGGGGGUGAGAAAUUGAGGCCUCUCAAUGGAGAAGGAUCUAUUAGAUAUCUCUGGAGAAGACGAAGACCACUGGCUUCUGAAAAAUACGCCGAAGAAAGGCGUUACGUCGUUCGCCGGUGGUAAUUCCGGCCAGGGAAAGAGUUAUUUUGAUUGCUCACCUCUCCAGAUCCCUAGAUCGAAUCGUACCGUUCCUACUCGGCUUCCUUUUUCUUCAAUUGGGAGAGUAACAGGCAACAACAACAUGGAGCAGUUAAGCCCUACUAUUGAUACAUGCAAUGUAGGGAAGGAGAACACUAGUGGGAGCAAGAUUGAAUUGCCCAAAUUGAGUGUGGAGAGACAACAGAUGAAAAAGAAAAAGAAGAACGCAGGAUUCAACUUGCGGAAAAGCUUAGCUUGGGAUAGAGCCUUUUCAACAGAAGAAGGUGUUUUGGAUUCGGCUGAGCUAUCUAAAAUAACUGGAAGUGCUUGCCAAACUGGUGGAGACCUGUUGUCUGCCAUUCAGGAAGAGUUCAGAGAGUCAACGUCCGCUUCAAAAUGCACUAGUGUUUCACCAGGACUACAAGCACUUGAAGAAAACUUAUUUAACGACUUGCCUGUGAACAGUAAGAAGAGAGAGAAGAAGUUUGUGAGUGGCACAGUUUCAAAGUACGCAUCACCAUCUAAAGCUCAAUCUUCCCUGGUGAGUUUACUGGACAUGAGUAGAGAUAUUCUUUUUAAAAUGGAGCUAAUGAGAGUGAUCAGUCGCCCAGAAAAAUGUCGUUUCAGCACAGGAUUUGAGGAGCGGAUCGAAACGCAGUGGCUGUCCCCGGCCUCCUCCUUCAUCUUCAUAUCCUUUUCUUACUUAAAGGAGCUGAGCUAUUCUAAAGUUUCUACUACCAAAUCCGAUCCAGUUACAGUCGCAAACAACAUGAAGAAGACUACUCAAAGUCCAAGCAAACCGAAACUAACUCAACCUACUCAAUCAAAGAAUUCUCAGAGGAGCUUAGGAUCUGUAAGCUUCUCUAAAAGCACUACAAGCACUACAAGCACCAAGAAUAAAACAAAAUCUAGCCUGGCAAGCAAAUCUUCAAUUCCUAAGCCCUCUCUUAGGCAACCUAGAAGAAAUGUGGUCAUCAAAACAGCAGAAGUUCCUUCAGUAUCCAACUCACAGCAAUCUGUUGUUGGGAAGUCCAACGAUCCUAUGACUACAUCAGAUGUGGAUAUGCUUGGUCAUGCAUCAAACAUACGCGACUCUAAUGUAAUUACCAUGGGCACCACAUUAGCUCAAAGUUCUUGCAGUAGAAUUGGAAAUACGCAGUCCGCAGUUUCCAGACUGGGAAAGCCAUCUGGUUUAAGAGUGCCAUCGCCAUCAAUUGGCUAUUUCAGUAAGUCCAAUUCUCAAACGUCGCACUGUUCAGAAGACAAACAUAGUCAGCUUCCUAGGUCUGAUGUUUGUUCAGCUUCUCGUGUUACUUUGAUCCCUACCUUCAAGAAACCCCAAUUUUCUGAAAAGGUUCCCAGUGUUAACUCCAAGUCAGCAACUGGAAACACCGGCAGUUCAGUUUCAGCUGCAGGUUUCUCUGCUCAAGAAAGGGCGAAAGUAGAAUUGAAAAGCACUCGAGAAGUAGAAUCUAAAGUGUCGUCUUGUUCAUUGAGCUCUCAGAUAAAUGAAAGCCUGCAACUUCCAUGCAUCACUCAGGAUGAUACUAGAAAAUUAGUUCUGGAUGAUGUGGCUAUUUGUACAUCUGAGAAGAUUUCUACUGCAAAGUGUGAAGAUUUCCAGAGUAGCAGUGAGCUUCCGCCCUCAGGCUGCAAAAAUGAUGUACAAGAUAGUAAUAUGUCUGAUGAUGAUACGGAUGAGAAAAGGAAGACUUGCUGCUCAGUAGAAGGUCCACUUUUUAAAGAUCCUUUGGAUUCUCCGGUGCAGGGUCCUUCUGGCCCUUCUGGUGAUGAGUUGAAAGUCAGCAAUCCAGGGGAACAAGAUACUUGUACUACAAACGAUUUUAGUGGAGAUUUAUAUACUUUGGAUGUACAUGGACAACCACUAAAUGAAUGCGUGCACCCUGGAGACGAAGACGAGAUUAGUCAUUUCCUUUACGGCGAAAAAGAUGCUCUGAUUGUAAAUCAUUCCACUGAAAGCUUGGCAAAGCAGCCUGGGGUUUUAGAUUCCUUCGCUGCAGAUCCAGUUUUUCUAUGGGAUUUUGCAUCAAGAAGAAGUGAUGCAAGUGAUCUGUCUGCUUCGGAAAAUGAGUUAGAUAAUACUGAAUCUUUUGUCGUUCCUUCGGGGCCUGUCGAAGCACCAGACUGUGUUCGAUCCUCAUGCAACAGUUUUGAGGAAAAUGCAGUGUUGAACUCUAUUCUGUGUGGUCAUAACAUGGUGUGUGAUGGUCAGACUGUUUUAGAAACGGAGAAGAGAACUGAAGUAAGCGAUAGCUCAGAGACAAAAUGUGAAUCUGAAGAGCAGCAUUUCUCGUGCCAAUUGGUCGUUGAGGGAAGAGAGGGUAGUCAUGAGAUAGAUGUCUUGACGAGAAACGAAAUAGCAGAUACAGAUGAUGCCCCUGAUAUGCAGAUAGAUUCCUUUACUGGUUCUCCUGACGUUGAGCCGAACAUGGAACAAGUCAUAUUACUAAUGCCUUCCUCCGCUGAAGUUAAGCUGGAGGAUAAACCUCUGGAAUCAUCUCAUGAGCCCUUUUCUGAGAAACUAACUUCUGAAAAGCAUAUGCAAUAUAACUGUUCCAAUGUUGCAAAUACAUCUGAUGGAAAGGCUGUUCAUGUAAUGAAACAGACUGAUCAACUUGGAACAUCAGACGGUUGUUCUUUAGCAAAAGAUGUAUCUGCCACUGUUUUCUCUUAUUCCAACGAGGAGCUCGAAGAUAACUCAGAGCUGGAAGACAUGGAUCUGGUUACGGAGUCAGAUUGGUCAGAUGAGGAGCGUGAGGGUGAUUUGAAACUGAAGGAGAUGGAUCUGGUUACUGAGUCAGAGAUCAUUAGUGACCUCGAUGAGUUUUCUGUCAAGGGCAUUCUUAAUCAAGACUAUUUGGAAGUAGAAGUUAUCCAUACUGCAUCUGACCAGUGUGGUAAACCUAAAACUCCACUACGUGAAUCAAUUGGAGAACCUGAGAGUCUUAAUGAGGACACAAAUUUAUCUAGAAUCUCUGAAGGCAUGUCGAAAGAGGAUUUAAACUCUGGAUGUAUUGAGUAUAACUAUGUUGGAGAUACCAAAAUCCAGACAGAUACUGAAAAGGAUUUCAGUGCUCAGGUUAUUGAUCAAGAACUCGGCUCUCAUGAAGAAGAGGAAGUUCAAGUUAUAAAGAUCACUCCUGAUCCUGUAGCAAUUGUGUCCAGAGAGGAAGAAUCAGGAACUCCAAUACCCAUGAAUGAGGAUUUCUCAGUCAGAGAUGAUAGCCAGUCAAAGGCGUUCAAUGUGCUGAGCGAUGACAAUCUGACAUCAGAAAGCGAUGGAGUCCAUUCUUCUUAUAGCAGUAGCAAUAGUACAUGUACAUCAGAAGGCGAGGAUAAGACCAUGCUAAUGGAUGCUAAACUUGGGAAGAAACCUGAUCCUAUUAUUGUAAAGCCUCCAAAUGCUGUUCCAUUUUCUGACGAGUGGUUAGCUGCAAUUGAGGCUGCUGGGGAGGAAAUCUUAACACUGAAAAGUGGACGUGUACAACAUUCACCAACCGACAAAUCUGCUCCUGAACCAGGUCCAUGGUCUCCGGUCAAGAAGAAGAAUAAUCAAGGAGUAGGACCUUUUGACUGUACUAAGUAUACAAACAAAGGUCUUCCUCCUGCUUUAGACUGAGAACUAGGGUUUCUUUUUUUACCUUGACCAUUCUUGUCUUUGUUUUUACCAUUUUUUCACUACUAAGGAAGUUAUAACUUUGUUGAACACAAUCAACUUUUUCUUGUAUACAUGAAGAAAUAAAAUGUGUAGAAAUAACCUGCAGUUUUUUUUUUUUUUUCUGUCUUGCUUAGGCAUGAAUGACUUCCAUAACGGGAUAGUUUUUGGGAUGUAUCAUUAAGUUGAGAAGUAAAUAACAUUAAACACA